GUGAAGUCGGCCAGUCAUGGCGUCCUGCUUGUUAGCUGGCAAGCGAUUUGUACGCGCUCUGGGUCCUGGUGGGGAGCUGGAGCCAGAGCAACUGCCCGGGAAGCUGCGGGCAGAACUUGAGGCCGCGCUAGGGAAGAAGCACAAGGGCGGCAAUCGCCCGGCUAGCCUGGUUUCUUUCCGCCUGAUCCGGGAUCUGCAUCAGUACUUGAGAGAAAGGGGUUCCAAACUAUACCUUCAUGAGCUCCUAGAAGGCAGUGAAAUCUAUCUCCCAGAGGUGGUGAAGCCUCCUCAGAACCCAGAGCUAGUUGCUCGUCUGGAAAAGAUUAAGAUACAGCUGGCCAAUGAGGAAUAUAAGCGGAUCACCCGCAAUGUCACCUGUCAGGAUCCAAGGCAUGGCGGAACUCUCAGUGACCUGGGAAAGCAAGGUGCACAAGUCAGUGGUCGUCCUUGCUCCACAUAUCUUGAUGCAGACCUGUAAUUUAUAUCAGAAGACUCCAGAACAGCAGAGGGAUUUGCUUUCUCCAAUUUGUGCUGGAAGAAGAACUGAUCAGAGGACAUCAAAUAAAAGAAAGCCAGUUGAUGCAGGAUGGUGCAAUUGUACACAAGGCAACUUUUUGGAGUCUUAGUUUCUCCCUUCAUUUUCUUUCUUCUGCUGGCCUUGUUCAGAUUUUCUAUGUUUCUGCCUGUCUUCACUACUCAUCAGCCCUCCUUCAAUUUCCCACCUUCUGGUCACCCUUUGCUCUGCUUCCAAAAAUGAAAACAAUGCAGAUAGUAAAGCAGUAUGUCUGCUUUUAAUUGCAAAACCCCUUGUACUUCUUUGUAUUUGUAAGGAGAGUAUGCCUACUGUGAAUUGUCUCAGCUAAUGAUUCUUUGUAGACUGGUGACUGUUUUCAGAUUGAACUGUAUGUGUAAUGUAUAUGAGUAUACAUAAAGCAAAAAUACAUGGUAUGUGUACAUAUUGUUAUAUAUAAGCCUGUUAUAGGUUAUUUUAUGUGGAUUCUUAAACAUGUUUGGGUAAGUGCAAAAAAUAGUAUGUAAAAUUAUUUUACAUGAUUGCUUUUGGUCUUCAGAACCAUUCCAGAGGUUAGGAAAGGAAGAGGUUGUAGGCCCCUUUUCCAGAAGACAAAACCGAGAUGAGAGAGGUGAAAUGACCCUCAGCAGUCCUUUUUCUGUUAAAUGGAGGCAAAGACUCCUAGGUUAUCUUGAAGUCUCUGUGUAAUGUUAAACCUGUAAGAACUUAGAUUAGUGGUGUGUUGAUGGAAUCUGUGUCUUUUAGAAAUUAUAGUGGCAUUAUUAUUUAUCCAAUAAAUAUUUAUCAAAUGCAAAAAAA